UUUUCUCCUUCAAAUGUUAACAUUAGGCAUUUACUUUUGUGUGAAAUUAGGGCUUUUACAAUUAUACCCUGCUUAUAUUUCUUAUAAGGCUAUCAAGCGAAAUAACCAACAAGAGUUUGCAUCUCUCUUGACCUUUUGGAUCGUCUCCAUUUCGUUUCUUGCUGUGGAAUAUUUUUCCGACAUCUUUUUAUUCUGGUUUCCCUUCUACACUGAGAUUAAAUUAAUCAUUGUUCUAUGGUUAAUCUUGCCUCAGACACAGGUUGGUUUCCCGUCUAAACAAAACAAACGAUUCUUUUUUUUAAAAAACUAACAUGACCACCAACAAAAAAAAAGGGUGCUUCUGUAUUUUACACU